AUGCAAUCAGUUGAAGUAAUAAAGAAAAGUUGUUUUAAUUUACAUCAAUUUAAAGAAAUUAUUCAAUACUUUUAUAAUAAAACAGAUUAUGAAGUAUUCUCAAUGAUUAAUAAACGAUGUGGACAAGUAUUAUUAUUGUUUAAAGAAAAUCCAAUUCCAUAUACAGAAGAUAUGAAAGUAAUAUUUCCUAAUAUUUGUAUACAACAUCUUUAUCAUUAUGAAGAAGAACAUGUUUUUGGAAUGAAAAAAUAUAUUUAUCAUUGUGAAGUAAGUUAUUCUUAUUAUCAUGAAGUUCAUGGAAAAAGAAUUGAGUUUAAAAAAGUUGUAUUUAAUGGAUUGGAUAGAAUUCGUUAUGGUGGUCAAAUACCUGAAGGAAUAACUGAUAUUGGAUAUAAAGCAUUUAAUGGAAGUAAUAUUCAAGUAGUUAUUAUGCCUGACACUGUUACAUCAAUUAAUAAUAAUGCAUUUGAAAAUUGUAAUAAUCUUAAAACUGUUUAUUUUUCAAAAAAUUUAUUAUCAAUUGGUGCUGAAGCUUUUCUUGAUUGUGUUUCUUUAAAAGAGAUUAAUCAACCUACUACAUUACAAUUUAUAGGUUAUCAUUGUUUUAGUGGUUGUAUUAAUUUGAAAGAAUUACCAAAAGAAAUUAAAAGAAGUAAUUAA